AGCUACAUAUUGGUAAUACAUGUAGCGAAAUCCGAGUAAAAUCGCGUUCUUCAAGCGUAGAAACAAUGAGCUAUAACAUGAGAGCUUGGGUUGUGACUGUGUUGGUUGUUCUGGUAGCUUCAAAUGCUUUUAAAUGUGAUGUUAAUGCUGCCGGAGAGUGUGGGAAGACACCAGUUAGGUCAGCAGCAGCGAGCUUGAGCCCAUGCUUGGGAGCGGCAGGGAAUGCAAGGGCGGCUGUGCCACCAGCUUGCUGCUCCAAAGUUGCUGCCUUGAUCAAGACAACUCCAAAAUGUCUUUGUGCUGUUCUGUUGUCACCUUCGGCAAAGCAAGCUGGAAUCAAACCAGGAAUUGCCAUCACCAUUCCGAAGCGUUGCAGCAUUAAAAACAGACAAGCUGGAAAGAAGUGUGGGAAGUACACGAUCCCAUGAGCAUGACGGAAGUCCGAGCAUAGACGGUAGAGAAAUAGCAAACCCCACGCUAGAAGAGCAGAGUGUGUGCUACAAUUAAAUUCUCUUUAUAUAA